AGCACAUUUUGGACAUUGAAUUGCCGGUAUAGUUCAGGGUGUGACAAUUUACUUACCUAUUAAUACAUCUAAACGUCCACGCUUUCUUGAGGAUUCUUUUAAAACUCCGUGUUAAUUUGUUUUUGGCAUUGAAGAACUCUACAUUGUUGCGAAGAUGUUACAUCUGCGUUAUGAUUAGUAACUUUUUGUUUCACACUGUUUUUUCGAAACGAGUCUUAUAUAACUGAUAGCCUAAGUACCCAAGUUACUGGAACGUUAAUUUUUUAUAUUUAUUUAUUAUUAUUUUUAAACCGCGAUGCCCAGGGAGCUUACACAAAAUCGAAUCCACAAAAUCUGGAUUCCUUCAAGGGAUGAUAAACCCGCUAUACCUCGCAGUUCCGGUGGCCCUCACCUGACAAACUCACCCACUGUGAUAGUCAUGGUCGGACUGCCUGCUCGUGGGAAGACCUACAUUGCAAAGAAACUGACACGCUACCUCAACUGGACUGGAGUCCCUACUAAAGUGUUCAAUGUCGGGGAAUAUCGUAGAGAAGCAGUCAACUAUAAUUCGUAUGACUUCUUCAGACCAGAUAAUCAAGAUGCAAUGAAAAUAAGAAAGCAAUGUGCCUUAGCUGCUUUGAGAGAUGUCAAAUCCUACCUUUCUGAGGAAGGCGGCCAGCUUGCAGUCUUUGAUGCUACCAACACAACAAGGGAGAGGAGAGACAUGAUCCUUAGCUUUGGCAAAGAGAAUGGAUUCAAGAUGUUUUUUGUUGAGUCUGUCUGUGAAGAUCCAAGUGUUGUUGAGACAAAUAUUAUGGAAGUCAAGGUGUCUUGUCCAGAUUACAAAGACUGCAAUAGAACAGAUGCCAUGGACGAUUUCCUCAAGAGAAUAGAAUGUUACAGGGCUUUAUACCAACCCCUGGAGCCAGAUCACUAUGACAAGGACCUUUCUUUCAUUAAAGUGAUCGAUGUUGGUCGGAGGUUUUUGGUGAACCGUAUCCAGGAUUAUAUCCAGAGUAAAAUUGUUUACUACUUGAUGAACAUGCAUGUCCAGCCUCGCACCAUCUAUCUGUGUCGCCAUGGAGAAAGUGAGCACAACCUCCGGGGCCAGCUUGGGGGAGACUCUGGGCUGUCUCCCAGGGGGAAGAAGUUUGCGAGGGCUCUGUUAGGAUAUCUUAAAGAGCAGAACCAAAAGAAUCUCAAGGUAUGGACAAGCCAGCUAAAGAGGACCAUCCAAACUGCAGAGGCACUGGACAUGCCUUAUGAACAAUGGAAAGCACUUAACGAGAUUGACGCUGGGGUGUGCGAGGACAUGAAUUAUGAAGAAGUCAAGGAGAGGUACCCUGAGGAAUUCGCUUUACGUGAUCAGGACAAAUACCAUUACCGCUAUCCAACUGGGGAGUCAUAUCAGGACCUGGUCCAGCGCUUGGAGCCGGUCAUCAUGGAGCUGGAGAGACAGGAGAAUGUUGUUGUGGUGUGUCACCAGGCCGUCAUGAGGUGUCUCCUGGCUUACUUCCUGGACAAGAGCGCAGAUGAGAUGCCCUACCUCAAGUGUCCUCUCCAUACAGUACUGAAACUGACUCCUGUUGCAUAUGGCUGCAAAGUGGAAUCCAUCUAUUUAAAUGUCGAAGCAGUAAACACCCACAGGGACAGACCAGAGGAUAUAAAGAAGGGACCUAGCACUUUAAUGAGGCGCAAUAGUGUUACCCCACUGGCAAGCCCUGAGCCUACCAAAAAGCCAAGAAUGAACAGCCUAGAUGAUCAUAUGGCAUCGACUUCAUCUGCUCUGCCUGUGCGCAUGGCCUCGGACAUCCCCACUUCUCUACCAGACCAACCUUGGCUUGGCAAAGCUUGUCUGCGAACAGUUUUCCUUUAUCUCAAAGUUUUCUCCUUACUAAUAUUUCAAAGAACAUGAAAAGACCUUCAGACCUACCCGAGGCGACGCAGGAUUACCACUGAACCCCCUGCUUGUAAUUCCAUCUUCGUUCCGGACAUUGCUUAAUGCUGAACCCUACAAAUGCACAGGACUUUUCUUUGUUGCAUCUUGUGAUCAUCUGGACUGGGCUGGGUGCAUUUUUAUAUCAAAAUGCAUUGACCAUUUUCACAUCUGAGUAAACGAAGUGUCACGCCAUUGUAAUAAUUUGUAAGUGCUUAUAGUACACGAAUUCCAAUUUUCUUGUAAAUAAGAAAAAUCUCAUUGUGGAGAUCUUGCUGGAUAUUUGUAAAUAGUGUAUGUAAUGUAAGUGAAUGAUACAGGGUAAACAAAGCUAAAAUGUCUGUGGUAAGCUGUUCAUAACACGCUAAAGUCUUGGUGCAUAAGACUGCUAUUUCUCAUGAUCCUAAGUGUCCAGUAUAUACAACCUAACAAAUAGAAGAAUGCUAACAUUGCUCUAGGCAAAUGGGUCCUUUUAAAAUGUAAGCACAGUGAUUGAUGAAAAUAGUGUUCUGAAAGCCUGUUAGAAGCUGGCUAUUUAGCUUUUUUUUUUUUUAAAAGGGCCACCAGUGUGACUAUGCCUGGUGACUCGCGUUUACAGCAAACCUAGACUCUACCCAAUCUACUCGAUUGCACUUUUAAAAUUGAACCUUAUAGCUGAAGUCUUCGUGAAUCCAUGUAAGAGUAUUUUCCAGUACUGAUUCCUUUUACCAUUCUAAGUAGUUCUGUACUUGGUGUGUAGGAUUCCUAGGGUUCUGUUUUAUCAAUGCUUUUUAAAUAGCACCAUGCAUUUUAAAUACCCUGCACUCCACCAAAGUUUCUUACCAGUUCUGUAACAUUACCAACAGUAAACCAUUAUUGUGAAUGAGACUCUAGAUUCCUUUUUGUGCGAGAUUAGAUUGUUCUAGCCAAUUGAGGCGAUCUUGGUGCAAAUCUAUUUACAUAGACAACACAUUCACUGUGUCAAAAGACAGCUGUCCCCGUUUACAGCAUAGAAUGUAGAGUUGUCUGGAUCCAUAAGAGGACGUGUCUGUUUGGGAAUAGACUGGACUGACCCAGUAUCUCUUGAGGUUCUUAACAGGUUGCUGAUAGCUUUACUCUCAAAAUGACAUGUAAAUGUUCAAUUGUUACCAAAAAUAUUUUUUGUGGUACCAACCUGUCACUUAAAAUGGACCUGCUUAUUGUAAAGGGUGGCUCUAAUGGGUGAGUGCAAUUUUGAGUCAAUGUAUUCAUUUUUAUCUUUACUGUUUUUUUUUUUUUAGUUCUUUUGUUUUCUUCUCCCUGUUAAUUUGUAUUGUUUUUUGUAAACUAGGAUUUCCUUAAUUGUUAUUUGUUAGGGAAGAGUUAUUCAAUACAAGCCACCAAACUGUGUCAGUAGGGCCCUAUGUGGAUUAAAGGGUGUGAAAAAUAAAUGUUUUUAAUUGAAAAGAAGCAAUAUUUUUAGUACUGUAUUGUGUGACUGCACUCGAUGUCUGUUUUGAACAUGCAAAAUCUGGAUAAACAACCAGGAUCUUUUUCUAACUUGGAGAUUACUGUAUUGAAUAUGACCUUGUCCUUUAGAGAUGCUGUAUGCCAUCAAGUGGUUAUUUUUCAGAGAGGUUAACCACAGUGCCUAGUGCUUCUGUCUUGUACAGUAAACAUUUGUCUUGCACAGUAAACAUUGCUUUGUAAAUGAAGUAGCACCAAUCAAGGGCUUCAACCAGAACUUUGGCCCGUAUCUAAAUGUUGAACAAAUUGCAGUUGGCAGCCUACUGUUGUAAUGUAAUUGUCUGUUCUCCUAAUAUUUUAUUGUAUUUCUUUUACCUUUGAUUGCAGAACUGAGAAGAUCUGUGUAUUUUCUUUUUUUUUUAAAUUGGCCUAAACACGUAAGUGUAUACUGUCAAAGUUGCAAAAAACCUUUUAAGGAGGCUGUCCCUUUAAAAAGAGAAAUGGUGCAUGUUAAGCUUGAUUAAAUAUUUUAUUUGACUAUUUUAAAUUAUAUAUAUAUAUAUUUUUUUAAAUGACUAGUUUAAAAAGUAUGUUUCUGUUUUGGCACUAGUCAUUGUAAUUCUUUUAUUUAUUUAUUUAUUUAUUUAUUUGCAUUUAAAAACGUUUUAGUUUUAAUUGCAAUAGAGUAGGUUUAUCUUUGUUAAAGCUGUACUGAACAAGCUGAAAAGUCAUAGCUUACAGUGAAAGGAUAUAUUCACUAGGGACACUUCUGUGCCCAUUGAUCUGUUAGGACCAUCUCUAUUUAAAGUAAAUUGGAUUACUGUGUUCUGUUAUCCAAUAACCCAUUUGAAACCACGACCUGUCAAAGCAAGUAUUUUAACUUCAUGCAAUUUUGGCAUUUAUGUGCUUCUUUGUACUUUUAACUUUUCCUUUUUUCUUAUUUAUUUUGUAUCCUGUACAGCUUGGAAUACUUGUUUUCUGAUUCGUUGGUAUGUUACUUGUUGUAUGUUCUCUAUAUAAUUGUCUGAGUUAUAGCUGAAAUAAAACGAGGAAAACAUGGCUGUAUCAAGUCAAUCGGGAUAUGCCUUUCAGAAAUGUAUAUAUUUUGCAGAUGCAGGACCAAUAAAUUAAAUCUUGCAAUAAAAUUUUAGCUUGAAUUCA